AUGGCACCUGAACCUGUAGACAUCGACAUGGAAGUCAACCGCACCGAGAUCGAUGAAGGAGAUGCUGAACAAAAGAUUAUCAAUGAAGAAUAUAAAACGUGGAAAAAGAAUAGCCCUUUCCUCUAUGAUAUGAUCUUGAGCACUGCGCUCGAAUGGCCUACUUUGACAACCCAGUGGUUUCCGGACGUCAAAGAGCCGGCUGGUAAGAACUUCACAAUCCACCGACUUCUCAUUGGUACACAUACCUCGAAUGGCGCUCAAAACUAUCUCCAAAUCGCAAAUGUCGAGUUACCAAAGAACAUCACUCCCAAUCCCCACGACUAUGAUGAAGAGAGGGGAGAAAUUGGUGGUUAUGGGAAUUCAGCGUCUGGGGAGCAGCCAGCUAUAAAAAUGAACAUUGAGCAAAAGAUUGAUCACCCCGGAGAAGUCAACAAGGCCAGAUACCAGCCACAAAAUCCCAACAUAAUUGCUACAAUGUGUGUGGAUGGCCGAGUACUUAUUUUUGAUCGCACAAAGCAUAGCAGUAUUCCAAAAGGUGUUGUCAACCCCCAAGCGGAGCUCAUUGGGCAUAAGAAGGAAGGGUUUGGUCUCAGUUGGAACCCGGAUCCAGCCCAAGCUGGGAAGCUUGCCACUGGAGGGGAAGAUCGUACAGUACGCUUGUGGGACCUGAAAACAAUCUCCUCGUCAAACAACCACAUCAAAGCUUCGCGUGUUUACACACAUCACACCGCCGUGGUUAACGACGUUCAAUACCAUCCAACGCACAGAUCACUUAUCGGAUCUGUAUCCGAUGAUCUCACUCUCCAGAUAUUAGAUGUCAGGCAGGCGUCGAAUAGUAAGUCUGCCCAGCAGGGCGAGAAUGGCCACUUGGACGUCAUAAAUGCACUAGCAUUCAACCCUGCCUCGGAAUUUAUUCUGGCAACUGCAUCAGGCGACAAGACCAUUGGUAUCUGGGAUAUGAGAAACCUCAAAGACAAACUGCAUGCUUUGGAAGGUCAUACAGAAGCCGUGACUUCACUUGCAUGGCAUCCACACGAAGAGGCUGUCCUGGGAAGUGCUAGUUAUGAUCGUAGGGUUAUUUUCUGGGAUCUCAGCCGCGUAGGCGAGGAGCAGCUACCCGAUGAUCAAGAAGACGGGCCACCUGAGUUGCUAUUCAUGCAUGGCGGACACACAAAUCACAUGGCUGAUUUUAGCUGGAAUCUUAACGAGCCCUGGGUGGUUUGUAGCGCUGCUGAAGACAACAUGAUACAAAUCUGGAAGGUGGCUGAAGCGAUAGUGGGCAAGGAUCUUGAUGAUGUUCCGAUGGACGAGUUAGAGAGAUGA